AUGGGUCUGGACUUCGAUGUGAAGACGUUCUGCCACAACCUGCGGGCCACAAAGCCCCCGUACGAGUGCCCGGUGGAGACCUGCCGCAAGAUCUACAAGAGCUACAGCGGCAUAGAGUACCACCUGUACCACUACGACCACGACAACCCCCCUCCCAGCCAGGGCACCCCGCUGCGCAAGCCCAAGAAGAAGGGAGGAUGGGGAAUCCGAGGAGCCCUCUGGGGGGCAGGGGGGAGCGCCCCCUCCCCAGGGGUCGGGGGUGGGGGGGAUUCAGCGGGUGCAAAAGACAGGCCUGAUACCCCAGCAGCCAAUUCAGCCAACUCGGGAGCCAGCGGGGGCAAAGGCAACAACACCACCCCCAAACCGGGCAAGCACAAGAGCAAGGAGAAGAAGAAGGAGGCCACGGGGCACCAUCACCACCACUACCACAGCGCCUCCUCUGGACCGGCCGUCAAACUGCCUGAGGUGGUGUACAGGGAGCUGGAGCAGGACACACAGGACGCGCCCCCAAGACCUGCCUCCUACUACAGGUACAUUGACAAGUCUGUGAAGGAGCUGGACGAGGAGGUGGAGUACGACAUGGACGAGGAAGAUUACAUCUGGCUGGACAUCAUGAACGACAAGCGGCACACUGAGGGGGUGCUGCCCAUCCCCCAGGAGGUCUUCGAGUACCUCAUGGACCGGCUGGAGAAGGAGUCCUACUUCGAGAGCCACAACAAGGCGGACCCCAGCGCCCUCAUCGACGAGGACGCCGUGUGCUGCAUCUGCAAUGACGGCGAGUGCCAGAACAGCAACGUCAUCCUGUUCUGCGACAUGUGCAACCUGGCUGUGCACCAAGAGUGCUACGGGGUGCCCUACAUCCCCGAGGGCCAGUGGCUGUGCCGACGGUGCCUGCAGUCUCCGUCCCGCGCGGUGGACUGUGCGCUCUGCCCCAACAAGGGCGGCGCCUUCAAGCAGACGGACGACAGCGGCUGGGCGCACGUGGUGUGCGCGCUGUGGAUCCCAGAGGUCUGCUUCGCCAACACAGUGUUCCUGGAGCCCAUUGACAGCAUCGAGCACAUCCCACCCGCACGCUGGAAGCUGACCUGUUACAUCUGCAAGCAGCGCGGCUCCGGAGCCUGCAUCCAGUGCCACAAAGCCAACUGCUACACGGCUUUCCACGUGACCUGUGCACAGCAGGCAGGGCUCUACAUGAAGAUGGAGCCCGUGAGAGAGACGGGGGCCAACGGCACGUCGUUCAGCGUGAGGAAGACCGCGUACUGCGACAUCCACACCCCGCCCGGCUCAGCGCGCCACCCCGCGUCUGCCCCCACCUCGGCCGGGGCUCUGUCCCUCAGCGAGGGAGACCCCGAGGACGAGGAGGAGCCCCCUGAGGAAGAGGGCAAGGGGUGGAGCUCGGAGAAGGUGAAGAAGGCCAAGGCCAAGUCACGCAUCAAGAUGAAGAAGGCGCGCAAGAUCCUGGCGGAGAAGAGAGCAGCCGCGCCCGUGGUGUCCGUGCCGUGCAUCCCCCCGCACAGGCUCAGUAAGAUCACAAGCCAGCUGACCCUGCCACGGAAGAGCCAGUUCAUGCAGCGGCUGCACAGCUACUGGACUCUGAAGAGGCAGUCUCGCAACGGCGUGCCGCUCCUGCGCCGGCUGCAGACGCACCUGCAGUCUCAGCGUCACGCUGAGCAGGACAGCGAUGAGAAGGACAGCUGCUUGGAGAGUGGAGUGGUUUUUCCUAAGGAGGGCGACGAGAACCAGAGCGCCCUGAAAGAGCAGCUCAAGUCCUGGCAGAGACUGCGGCAUGACCUGGAGAGAGCCAGACUGCUGGUGGAGCUGAUCCGCAAGAGAGAGAAAAUCAAACGAGAGUCGAUCAAAGUGCAGCAGCUUGCCAUGGAGGUGCAGCUGACUCCCUUCCUGAUCCUGCUCAGGAACACUCUGGAGCAGCUGCAGGACAAGGACACCAGCAACUUCUUCACCGACCCUGUGCCGCUGGCAGAGGUGCCAGACUAUCUGGACCAUAUCAAGAAGCCGAUGGACUUCCAGACGAUGUUGGUCAGCCUGGAGGCUCACGAGUACCGCAGCUUCGAGCAGUUCGAGGAGGACUUUGGGCUAAUUGUCAACAACUGCCUCAAGUACAAUGCCAAGGACACAGUGUUCUACCGGGCGGCGGUGAGGCUCCGUGAGCAGGGGGGCGCCCUGCUGAGGCAGGCCAGGAGGCAGGCAGACAAGAUCGGCAUCGACUUCGAGACGGGGCUGCACCUGCCCAAACCCCCCGCCGCAGAGGGGCAGCACAGCCAGCUGGGCCUGGAGGAUGACUUGCUGCUCCCGGAGAACCGCAAGCGGCUGCCCCUGUGCGAGCAGCUCAAGGUCCUGCAGGAGAAGCUGGACGAGGUGAGCGCGGGGAGGCACAGCAUCGGCCGUUCUCGGCGCGCCAAGGCUCUGAAGAAGGAGAUGACGGUGAUCAAGCGCAAGCUGGCCCAUCAGAGAGACGGGGGUGGGAUGGGGGGCCAGGAGGGGGGCGACCGCGGGCAAGGGGUCGCCCCCCCCUCAUCGCACCACCACCACCGUCAUCACCACAACCCCCUCCCCGGCAACGGCACCACCAGAACUGGCACAGGCAGCGGCGGCAAGGAGCUCCGCCAGCACUCUGACCAGGAGGGGGAGGAGAGCAGCAGCCAUGAGAUGGGGGGAGGAGGGGGAGGAGGAGGAGCAGGAGGGGGGAAAGGUCUGGGCUCCUCCUCUUCCUCCGCUCUGGCCCCAGAAGUGGGGCGCCGCACUUCGGUCCUCUUCUCUAAAAAGAACCCCAAGACCGCAGGGCCCCCCAAGAGGCCAGGGAGGCCCCCGAAGAACCGGGACAGCCAGGGGGCCCCCGGCUGCCGCCCCAGCCCCAUCGGGCCCCCCCGGCUGCCCCUGCUCUCCGGCCCCCGCCCGAGGAAGAGGGUGCGAAGCCCCCGGAGCAGCUCAAGCUCGGACAGUGAGAGUCAGGAGAGCAGCGAGGAGCUGCACCUGGGUCUCCCCUCCAAUGGGUUCGACGGGGGCAGUCAGCCAGUGACGGAGAGUUUCCGCGUGUACCGAAACGAGCGCAGCCUCCCACGCAGCUCCUCCGACUCGGAGUCGAGCACCAGCACCAGCAGCAGUGCCGCCUCCGACCGUACCAGCACCACUCCCUCCAAGCAGGGUCGCGGCAAGCCCUCGUUCUCCCAGGUGAACUUCCCAGAGGACAGCAGCGAGGAGACGUCAGGGACAGAGAACGAGUCCUACUCCACAGGAGGGGUGCGUGGAGUCUCUCUCGGCAUGGUCCGUUCGGGUCGUGGCCGGUCCUGUUGGAUGUCUCCUGAUGAGUACAGCCCGCUUCACUCUCUGGAUCUGGUGUGGGCAAAGUGCAGGGGCUACCCCUCUUACCCUGCACUGAUCAUUGAUCCGAAGAUGCCUCGGGAGGGGAUGUUCCAUCACGGCGUUCCGAUCCCGGUGCCCCCCCUCGAUGUGCUCAAACUGGGGGAGCAGAUGAGCCAGGAGUCCCGAGAGCACCUCUACCUCGUGCUAUUCUUCGACAACAAGAGGACCUGGCAGUGGCUGCCGCGCACCAAGCUGGUUCCCCUGGGGGUUGACCAGGAGCUGGACAAGCUGAAGAUGCUGGAGGGGAGGAAGAGCAACAUCCGGAAAUCUGUGCAGGUGGCUUACCACCGAGCCAUGCAGCACCACAACAAAGUGCAGGGAGAGCAGAGCAGCGACUCGAGCGAGACGGACUAGGGGAGGGGAGAGGGCAGCCUGCACACACGGGGGAGGGGAGGGGCAGCCUGCACACACGGACUAGGGGAGGGGAGAGGGCAACCUGCACACAUGGACUAGGGGAGGGGAGGGGGGGCAGCCUGCACCCACGGAUACGGCUGAAACAGGGGUUGAUUCUUUUGACUCUUCCAUUUCUAGCUUGCUAAAAGGAAGGACGGGGCUGUUUUUUUUAAUCCCCAGUUUCACCGUGGCAACUGUAUUUCCAAGCUGAAAGCAGAAGAGCUGUUCUGGAAGAAGAGAGGUAGAAGGGGGAGGGAGAAACUGACUAUGAGAGCACGAGGAAUGCAGUCCUUUGUUUCUGAUUUGUAGUACAGGGACUGACCCGAGUCAUUAACCCUGCUGUGUGCAGUGGGCUCGAUCCACAAAGCUAUUUACUCGGAAUCAUCAGCAGUGUUUGUUUCUAAAACAAGUUAAAAUGGCUUGAGUUGUAGAUUUCUGAUUGACAGACUUUUAUUAGUAUUUUACAAUUCAAAUAACAAUUUUGGGUUAAUUAGCUUUGACAGUCUAGCAGUAGUUCUGCGCAGUAAUCCCUUGCCAGCAGCACCAGCAGUCCUGAGUCAGUCAUUCAUUUAGUCAGAGAUGACCACUACUGCCUUUACACAUGCACAUUGAAGAGAAGACGAGUCCUCCUCACACCGUUUCUAUGUUCCCGUCUCCCCCCACCUCUUUUCUCUUGCAGUUUGAGAUCUGUGAGUGGUCUAUGUGCAUUCGGAAUGAUUUUGAGAAUUUGUAUUUUUGUAAUAAAUUGGUCGUUCCCCUGUACAUUUGUUGGACCCAAACAUUUUCCCAGCAGUUUUGAACAGACAGACCGGUACUGUGGAAUGACCCAGCUCAAAUUGAAAUGCUCCGUAUUUAAGUAUUUUAUUGUUUUGUUUAACACAGUUCAUGUCUGGAUAAACUCUCUCUUGAGUUGUGGAGACCUGUUUACAAGUGUGUCCCUGAAAUCUCAGCCUGCACAAUCUGUUACAGCAGUCUUCUGUGCAGUACCGUACUGUACACACAAGCAAAGGAAUCCCAUGAACACGCGGCAGCAGCAAUCGCUAACAUUCUGUGAACUGAGAGUAAGAAAUUCAAACGUACCAGACUAGAAGUGAAGUGCUCGACAAGACGAUGUGUCGUUUGAGAGAUCUGAUUUUCUCAAAAGAUGUGUGUAUAUAUAUAUAUGUGUGUAUAUAUAUGUGU